AUCCCCCGCAUCGCUGCUGCUUGGUCGUAGCGUCGAACACCGUACAGCGAAUCGCGGCGGCGGAAUCACACAUCGCCGCCUCUCGCACGCGCCGCCGCGAUGCCGCCGCCGCCGCCGCCUUCGUUGGCCAGGCUCCACCAACGCCUCUCCCUCUCGCUCCUCCGGGGACGCUCCCCCCCCGCGGCGGCCGACGCCUUCCUCCGCCGCGGGCUCGCCUCGUCCGCCUCCUCCUCCUCUUCCGCCGCCGCCGCCGCGGCGGUGGCGGCGGCGGCGGCAGGCCGGGAGAAGAGCUCGAGGAGGACGCUAGCGUACCUGCUAGGCGUGGCCGCGGCGAUGGUCGGCGCCUCCUACGCCGCCGUCCCGCUCUACCGCCGCUUCUGCCAGGCCACCGGCUAUGGCGGCACCGUCCAGCGCCGCGAGAGUGUGGAGGAGAAGAUCUCACGACAUGCUCGAGACGGAACAACAACUUCAAGAGAGAUAAUUGUCCAAUUUAAUGCUGACGUUGCUGAUGGAAUGCCGUGGAAAUUCAUUCCAACACAGAGAGAAGUGAAGGUUAAACCUGGUGAAAGUGCUCUUGCAUUUUAUACUGCUGAAAAUCGUAGUUCAGCUCCAAUAACUGGUGUAUCCACAUAUAACGUAGCUCCUAUGAAGGCUGCAAUAUAUUUCAAUAAGAUACAAUGUUUUUGCUUUGAGGAGCAAACACUUCUUCCAGGGGAGCAGAUUGACAUGCCGGUGUUCUUCUACAUCGAUCCUGAGUUUGAGACAGACCCCAAAAUGGAAGGGGUGAACAAUAUUGUCCUUUCUUACACAUUCUUUAAGGUGAACGACAGUUAAUUGUAUCGGUACCGUAAAGUAAGUGGUAACAUUAGUUCUAUUUAAACACCUUGCCAACGAGUAACACAAAAAUUCCUUUCAUGUAACACAAGUUAGGGUUUUGUUUAGUGUGUAUUAAUUGACAUGUGUUUCUUGGAAAUUUUGCAAAUAAAUAUGUAAGAAUUGUUCACAGAACAAUCGAAAUGGUGCAUCUUGAUUUGAUUUGAAGUACCAUGAGGAUAAGAAAUGGUCACCACAA